CAAGAAGAAGAAUCCUGAGGAAACCAGCAGGAGGAACUUUUGAAUGCUGUUGAUCUGCUGGAAAUGAAAGAUGAAAGUGAUGAACUGAAUGGACUGGAGGAGACACAACAGUAUCAGAUACCUCAUCAUUUCAAAAUGGAAGAAAUAUCUUCUGAUUGCUCGGAGAUGAAAAAUACUUCUUCACAAACAAGGCAAAGCACGGAAACAAGAGAAUCUUUCACUUGCCCUCAUUGUCAAGAGGGCUUUGCUUCAAAAAGAGACUUUGAUCUGCACAUAAGAGUCCACACUGGAGAAGAGAUUUUCACCUGCCCUCAGUGUGGAGAACAUUUCUCGUGCGGAGAACAACUUGGAGACCACAUAAGAACUCACAUUGAAGAGCGCCCGUUCUCAUGUCUUCAGUGUGGAAAGAGUUUUAAACAAAAGUGUACUCUUAAUACUCACAUGGUAAUUCACACCGGAGAGCGGCCAUACCCGUGUCCUCAGUGUGGACAGAGUUUUAGACAGAGCAGUGCGCUUAAUAAACACAUGAGAAUUCACACUGGAGAGCGCCCGUACACGUGUGUUCAGUGUGGAAAGAGUUUCAGAGAGAAUAGUAAGCUUAAUAAACACAUGAGAAUUCACUCAGGAGAGCGCCCGUACACGUGUGUUCAGUGUGGAAAGAGUUUUAGAGAGAAUGGUACACUUAAUAUCCACAUGAGAAUUCACACUGGAGAGCGCCCAUACACCUGUGUUCAGUGUGGAAGAAGUUUUAGACAGAGUGGUGCGCUUAUUGAACACAUGAGUAUUCACACUGGAGAGCGCCCAUACACCUGUGUUCAGUGUGGAAGAAGUUUUAGACAGAAUGGUGUGCUUAUUGAACACAUGAGUAUUCACACUGGAGAGCGCCCGUACACAUGUGUUAUGUGUGGAAAGAGUUUUAGACACAACGGUAUGCUCAAUGAACACAUGAAAAUUCACACUGUACACCGCCCGUACCCGUGUCCUCAGUGUGCAAAAAGUUUUAGAGAGAAUGGUGCGCUCAGUGAACACAUGAGAAUUCACACUGGAGAGCGCCCGUACACGUGUGUUCAGUGUGGAAAGAGUUUUAGAUUGAAAAGUACGCUUAAUUUCCACAUGAGAAUUCACACAGGAGAGCGCCCGUACACAUGUGUUCAGUGUGGAAAGAGUUUUAGAGAGAAUGGUGCGCUAAGUACUCACAUGAGAAUUCACACCGGAGAGCGCCCGUACACAUGUGUUCAGUGUGGAAAGAGCUUUAGAGAGAAUGGGACGCUCAAUGAACACAUGAGAAUUCACACUGGAGAGCGCCCCUACACGUGUGUUCAGUGUGGAAAGAGUUUUAGACAGAAUAGUACGCUUAAUUUCCACAUGAGAAUUCACACAGGAGAGCGCCCGUACACAUGUGUUCAGUGUGGAAAGAGUUUUAGAGAGAAUGGGACGCUCAAUGAACACAUGAGAAUUCACACUGGAGAGCGCCCUUACACGUGUCCUCAGUGUGGAAAGAGUUUUACAAGGAAUUGUAAGCUUAAUAUCCACAUGAGAAUUCACACUGGAGAGUGCCCGUACACGUGUGUUCAGUGUGGAAAGAGUUUUAGAGAGAAUAGUGCGCUUAAUAAACACAUGAAAAUUCACACUGUACACCGCCCGUAUCCGUGUCUUCAGUGUGGAAAAAGUUUUAGAGAGAAUGGUGCGCUCAAUGAACACAUGAGAAUUCACACUGGAGAGCGCCCGUACACAUGUGUUCAGUGUGGAAAGAGUUUUAGACAGAGUGGUGCGCUCAAUGAACACAUGAGAAUUCACACUGGAGAGCGCCCGUACACGUGUCCUCAGUGUGGAAAGAGUUUUACAAGGAAUUGUAACCUUAAAGUCCACAUGAAAAUUCACUCUUGAGACAGUUCUUACACACUCAAACGUUCAACCUGGACAAUUGUUUACAGAGUUUUCCAAACGUGCAAGAUCCAAAGAACCAUCUGGAUAGAAUGCUUUCAUUGUUGAGGAAUGGAGGAUUUGAAAUUCCACAAUGGAUAAGUAAGAAGCCAGAUCUGAAAGUAUGAACUCUGGAUCAAUAAUGAUCAUUAGGAUCUGACGAAAGGAGCUUGUAUUUAAUAUUUACAAUGCGCAAUAUUUAUAGAUGCUUUGCUAGACAGUAUGUCCCUUUGGGUUAUAUAACCCCUUUUACAACUCGAGGAAAUGUUGGACAAAGCCUCGUGAGUGGGAUGACUCUUAUUACUGCACACGCAACUCCCCAAACGGAGAAGACGUUUAUACUUUACAUGUUUGCUGUUGAGAUCUUCUUUAAAACGACAGGGGGCGCACAAACCAAAUCGUCCUGUAAAUCCGCAGGAAGUAGAAGAAAAGGAGGAAUUGUAUCGGAAUUACGUCAGAUCAUUCAGAAUGGCGUCUUGCGAGCAGCUGCUCGGAAAAGGAAACGUAGGAGGUUUUGUGUUGUUGCUAUUAUUAGGGGUGCUCCGAUCAGGAUUUUUGGAGCCGAUCACCGAUUCUCGUUCACUAAAAGCUGUAUCGGCCGAUAUCGAUCAACGAUUACAGGAGCUAUUUGAAGCUUUCUUAUUACCAGAAGAGAAAUUCUCAUGAAUUAACAAAUGAAUAUUAAUAAGUAACAUAUUUCGUAACACUUUCCUUAAAGCAUGUAUUAUGCAUUAUAAAGAGUUAUUAAAGGGUAAAAUGCAUUAUUAAUAUUCAGAAUGUCGUUGUUGUAAUGCAUUAUAUGUUGUUGCAAAGAAUUAUAACCAAUUUAAAAUGUGUAAUAUAACAAUGAAUUGCUUAGUGUUAUAAUGUAUUAACUAAUAACAAUUAUCUAUAACACAUUACAAUGCAUUAAAAUGUGCAUUACAAUGCUUUAAAACUACUUUUAUAAAAAAUACAUUUAAGGAAAGUGUCACCACAUAUUUUUAUAAAACAUAGCAGCAUGUGACAUGAGUCCCAGAAACCCUUUGUCUUCCACAAUAUAAAGUGGCCGUGAUCAAAGCAAAUUUAUUACAUUAUUUUAUCUGAUAAUCUGAUAUUUCUUUAUGCUUCUUAUUGUCCUUGCAGUAGGCUUUUAAAAAUGUCUCUGUUACUGACAGCUGAGGAGAGGUUGCGAUAGAUUUAGACUUUUCAUUUAUGAUUCAAUGUUUCUGUUGUCGGACAUAAAAUAAUAAUCUAAUUACAAGCAAAUGUUUAUGUUCAUAUGUCCAUUCAGUAGCAAUGACAGGUGCCUGUAAAAGGUGUUUUGUACUCGCAAGAAAGCUGUGGUUUGGUCAUAUAUGUGCUGCUUCACUGAACAGAGAAAACGCAGUGAGAGGCAUUUUCCACUUGCUGAAAGCUAUUAUUUAUCCAAAAAGACGCUAUUUUAUGAGGUAAAAACUCUGUAAAGACGGCACCACAGCGCCUGUGUGUAUGCGCGUGCACGGGACGCGGGGAGUGAUAGAUGCUUAUGCACCUCGAGACUCUGUUGACCACAUGCGCGUUUCGCAAAAACUGAGCAAGCAUUUGAGAGUAAGAAUAGGAAACACACGUCCCUUCGCGAUAGUCUACCUCCUUCCGCUCACAAUCACGGUCAGUCCAUUCACGAUCACGUUCUAAUGACACGAAAUGAUAAAUAGGGGAAUUGAAAAUCGCCUUUAUGGUAGUGCGUCAAAAUGACAGAUUGCCUUCAGAUUUUUCCAUCACUGGUAGAAAAAAAGAAUUUUCUGUUGACACGAUCUGUGCAGCUGAGUGGCGCUCGAGCUGCUGAACUGCCCGCUGACUCUGCGCGAAGCUAACUUUGAAAACUACUCGCACUCCUUUACGUGACUAACACUCAAAUGUUUUAAGAGGUUGCUGGUGUAAAAAUGUUUUGGGUGCUUCCCGCAUCGUGGAAUUCGCAUAGUACACACGUUUCAGAUUGAUAAUGCAUUGUCUAUUUCACACACCUUGUAGAAUUGCCAGACCGGUGAAGCCAUUUUCAUAGCGCGUAAAAAAUGUCUCUCAAUUUUGCGUCAUCUGAUCGGCUUUUCUGGAUCGGCCUUUUAGAGACCGCAGAUCAUACUUCCCACAGUGAUUAUCGGCCGAUUAUGAUCGGAGCACCUCUAGCUAUUAUCAAAUAAAAAGGUCGAAAAAGGAGAUGGAAUGUUCACCAACUGCAUGCCAACAAACGUGGAGAUGUAGAAUACAUCACUCUUAGGAAGCAGAUGUGUGUGAUCGAAGGGGAAAUGCAUUUGGAACUGUUGUUUGUUGAUUUAAUACCUUUUUACAUCAAACUUUUUGUUCACUCUUUCAUUUCUGUACAUAAUGCAGACACAUUUCUACAUAUCAUUGGUUAGGGACUGCCAGUGGCGGCUCCUGACACUUUUGAUUGGGGGGGCAAUGGGGGGUCCUGGUCAUUUCAAGGGGGUCUCAUGAAACCAAAAAAAAUACAGUGGACAUGGCUAAUAACUGCAUAUUUCUGCUACUAAACAAAUACAACCAGAUCCAUGCACACUGUGAAAAAAUGACGAAAGGCAAAACAAAAAGCCGCGUCUUUUGACAGAAUAUUCAAGACACUGGUACUGUUUGAACCACGAGUAACUAAAACCAUUGGAUGCUGCCCCUGCGAUCCAAAAGAACGACACGGUAAUGAUUUUAAUUUAGGUUGUCUUGGUUUCUUGUCUGGGCCAUGGCUUAAAUCCCCGGUUAAAUCCUUUCCAUUUCAAAUAAUGUAUGUGCAACAUUAAAUGCAAACUGAAAAUAAAAAUUCAAUUAUAUCAAUUACAUCUGUAAUCAUAAAACCCCUGUAGGAUCUCCCAAAUGUAAUUGAUAUAAUUGAAUUUUUAUUUUCAUUUUGCACUUAAUGUUGCACAUCCGUUAUUUGAAAUGUAUAUUUAGAUACACAAUUGCAUUGUCAAUUUACAUACUGCAUUGCCAUUUUGCAUAUUACAUUGCAAAUUGAAUUUUGCAACACAUAUGCUCCCAUAUGCGAGUUGCUCCGGUCCCACCUCCUCAUCCUCUAAUUCAGUUGUUCUCAACUCUGGCCCGCGAGAUCCAUUUUCCUGCAGAGUUUAGCCACUUAAUGUAGGGCUGCACGGAUUGUUUGGCAUAUCGCAUUAAAGUACCGCGAGAGCGAUACAAAUCCGUACAGAACAAUCUGCACUUGAAUUGCUCUCGCGGUACUUAAAUGUCAUACUCUGAUAGAUUUGCGCAGCGACGCAUUAAGUUGAACGCGUCUAUUCCUAAAGACACUGAUUAGCUUGUUCAGGUGUUUUAUAUCAGAGUUCGGACUAAACUCGGCGGGAAAAUGGAUCUCGCGGUCCAGAGUUGAGAACCACUGCUCUAAUUCCUCGGUGUCCUCUAUUUCUAAUUCUAGGAUCAAGCAGGGCUCGCCCUCCACUGCUACGGGUAUAUUUUCAGUCCUAUUUCCGUCUGCUGUCAAUUUGUUUUUAGGUAUGACGAAGCGAUCCAUUUUUAGCUUCAAGAUAUAAAGUACGUUGCAGCACUUGCGGGCUCGCGGCAGCGAACGCAAUGACGCAAGGCACAGCGGCAGCAACGUUCAUGGGGCGUCGGAGUGAUUCUUAUGUUUAUAUUUUUUAUAUGUCGAAUAAAUUAUGAAUUAUUAUUGUUCUGCGUAGUUUGAAGAGGACCAUUGUUAAAUAUUUUUACGGAUAUAUAUAUAUAUAUAUAUAUUAAUAUAUAUUAAAUAUUUUUUAAUCACGGAGGCGGUGGGGGGUCAAAUGGGGGAUCAAGGCGUUUUUUGGGCGGGUCUUCAGACCCCCCCUGGCGCUCCGGUGGGGACUGCUAAAUGUACAUUGCCAUAGAUUAACCCAUUGGAUAUCUUUGUUAUAUAAAAUCAGAAAAUAUAAGAGAGGUUCAAAAGAGCAAUGUUUAUAAAUAUUGUUUUAUUCUGAAUACAAUAUAAAACAGACACAUUGAUCAUAAAAGAUGUCUGUACAGGCAAACCUGUUCAGUCAAGAUCUCUUCAAACCUGUUCAUGUUGAAUGUGGCGCCGCGCGAACUGUUCGCUCGAGUCACAAAAAAUGUUGUGCACGCCGCCACUCGAAAUGAGCUCGCGCUCACCCAAAGCGAACACCGCGAUGACGAUAUAUUUGGCGCGCGCACCCAAACGAACUAGCGAAUGCGUCGAGUAUAACCCAGCCUUAAGUCAGUUAAUUGCCAUACAAAUCAGCCAUGGUUCUCCAUACCUGAAGACUAGUUCCAGUUUAGAAUGAAAUCAUGUUUUUCUUUUGGAUCUUUAAGAUCCACGGUUUUUAUUCUGAGAGUGCUGCGGUCCUUAGUGUGUCCUAAAAUAGAAGUCCUCGUGACGUGACGGAUGUUACUGAGUAUAUACUCGAAAUAUUAACUUAUUUCACUAUUCAUCCUUCUUUUCAAUUUUACUCUUUUACUUUUUAAUAAUUUGUCCACAGACACAUUAUAAUUUAGUUUUAUAACUUAGUUUUGUUGUUUUUGGAAAAGAGUUUUAUAUCUGCAUUGCGUGAUGACGUAAUUUCUGGCAAACUCACGCUGCGUCCUCAGAUCGCUUUAAGCGUGCUGAUGAGAGGUAAGCAAUUAGCGAUGCUUUCUCAGCACAUGUUGGUAAAAGUUUAUAAAAGUUUGAUUAAGCCAACGGCAUGUAGUAAUGUUGUUCAUAGUGUUAUGGAUAUAUUAGAAAGUGUUUUGUGAAUGGAAUGAUUGUAUUAAUGGUUUUAUUACCGAGUGCAGGUUUGAGUAUGUGUGUGUGCAUCAGUAAAACGUUGUGACUAGCGGAUUAAAUAACUGCUCUUAAUCUGUUUAGGUGAAAAAUCACAGACGAAAAAUGCACUCAUGCUGUGCUCUGGUUAAUCCAUCCAGGUUUGCUUAAAUCUGUUCUGUUUCUUAUUACAUCCAUUUUGUGUCGAUUGUUCAUCUUUCAGUUCAUGAUUGAUUUAAAACUAGCUCCAGGAGAUUAUUUUGUGUGUCUAGAUAAGUGUUUGAAAUAAUUCAUUUUGCGCUUUAUGCGCUUUGUAAUGUGUUUUAGGCGUUUUGAUUUGUCAUUGUGAUGUGUAUUGAGAUCGCUUUGAGCGUGCUGAGGAGAGGUGAAAAGUCACAUUUACUCAUAUGCUGUACUCUCUUUAAUCCAUCCAUCAUAAUAAAAAUCUCCAUCAGCAACA